AUGGCGUCUAUGGGCACACCCGCUGUGGUUAUGGACAACGGUACCGGCUUGACCAAACUAGGUUUUGCCGGGAACGACUCUCCUUCAUUUGUCUUCCCCACUGCCAUUGCUACUUCCACCAGCACCGGAAAGGGCGGGAAAAGCUCGGGGUCUUCCAACUCUUUCUUGAGCAAUAAACGUGGAUUGGAAGACUUGGAUUUCUACAUUGGCGACGAGGCGCUUUCCGCCGCCUCGGGGCCAAACUAUUCGUUGUCGUAUCCAAUAAGACACGGCCAGAUCGAAAAUUGGGACCACAUGGAGAGAUUCUGGGAAAACUCCAUCUUCAAAUACCUCAGGUGCGAGCCUGAGGACCAUUACUUCUUGUUGACUGAGCCGCCUUUGAACCCCCCGGAAAACAGAGAAAGUACGGCCGAGAUUAUGUUUGAGUCUUUCAACUGUAGUGGAUUGUACAUUGCCGUGCAGGCCGUGUUGGCGUUGGCUGCGUCCUGGACUUCUUCCAAGGUUCAGGAUAGAUCUUUGACCGGAACUGUGAUCGAUUCUGGUGACGGUGUCACACACGUGAUCCCUGUUGCUGAGGGAUAUGUCAUUGGAGGCGCCAUCAAGAACAUUCCUUUGGCCGGCAGGGAUAUCACACACUUUAUCCAGUCUAUGUUGAGAGACCGGGGUGAAGCGGAUACUUCGUUGCAAACUGCAGAAAAGAUCAAGCAGCAGUUCUGUUACGUGUGUCCAGACAUGGUCAAAGAAUUCAAGAAGUUUGACCAGUAUCCUCAGGAGAAGUUUGCGCAAUACAUAGUCGAGACUGUGGACAAAAAGAAGUCUGUUGACGUGGGUUACGAGCGUUUCUUGGCCCCGGAAAUCUUCUUCAACCCAGAAAUAUGCUCUUCUGAUUAUUUGACACCUUUGCCCACAGUGGUGGAUCAGGUCGUGCAGGCAACGCCUAUCGAUGUGCGUAAGAAAUUGUACAAGAACAUUGUCUUGUCCGGAGGCUCCACGAUGUUUAAGGAUUUCGGAAGAAGGUUGCAGAGAGACAUCAAGACGCUUGUCAAUGACAGAAUUGAGAUAAGCGAGAAGUUGAGCGGUGUGAAGAGCACAGGUGUGGACGUCCAGGUGAUUUCACACAAAAGACAAAGAAAUGCGGUUUGGUUCGGUGGCUCUUUGCUUGCACAGACUGCAGAGUUCAAGAGCUACUGCUACACUAAGCAAGACUACGAUGAGUACGGUCCAAGCAUUGUCAGAAACUUCUCUCUUUUUUCUGUGCCAUAA